CCUCACAGUCGUGGUUUAGUCGCGUCGUUGGCAACACUUGACUCCUUUGCUCUCCUCAUAAGCAGCAAAAAAAUGUCUUUCUUCACGGCUCUCACCACUAGGACUUUCUCCAACUCGGCGAGAAUGGCAGCUGCAAUUAAGAAUGUUACCGUCAUCGGGAGCGGCUUGAUGGGCGCAGGCAUCGCUCAGGUGGCAGCCCAGACUGGCCACACGGUGACCAUGGUUGAUAUUGACAAGGCGGCUGUGGAUAAGGCUGAAAAGAGAAUUGCAGCAUCCAUUCAAAGGGUUGCCAAGAAGAAGUUCAGUAGCGAUGAAGGCGAGGCAACCAAGUUCAUCUCAGAGGCAAUUAGCCGCCUGAGCACUUCCACGGACCCAGUUGCCUCUGUGGGCUCGGCUGACUUGGUUGUGGAGGCUAUUGUGGAGAACAUUGGGGUCAAGCAGAAGUUGUUUAAGGAACUAGAUCAGGCUGCUCCAGAGCACACCAUUUUUGCAUCCAAUACCUCGUCCCUUCCUAUUGGCAAGAUUGCUGAGGUUACAGAUAGGAAGGACAGAUUUGGAGGCCUGCAUUUCUUCAACCCUGUGCCAGUGAUGAAGCUCUUGGAGAUCAUUCGUAUUCCUGAGACCAGCAACGCCACCUUCGAGGCCAUGAAGGAAUGGGGAAAGAACAUGGGCAAAGUGAGCAUCCAGUGCAAGGACACUCCAGGCUUCGUUGUGAACCAUCUCCUUGUUCCAUACCUAUUCGAAGCCAUGGCCAUGGUGGAGCGAGGUGACGCCUUCAAAGAAGACAUCGACAUUGCCAUGAAGCUUGGGACCGGCUAUCCCAUGGGCCCACUUGAGCUGAGCGACUACGUUGGUCUGGACACUCUUAAGUUUAUUGGCGAUGGCUGGAUGAGGGAUUACCCGGAGGAAUCCAUGUACAGAUACCCAAAAAUCCUUGCCAAAUUGGUCGAAGAAGGAAAAAUGGGCGUGAAGUCUGGCCAGGGAUUCUACAACCACAACAAGGAAUAAUUUCGUCGAUCUUGGAGGGACUGGGUGUGCUUGUAAGAAAGAAAGAAAAAAAAUGAUCGUCAUAGUUCUGGGGUCAGAAGUGAUUUGUUGUAAAAUUUAGUUGAUGGUAUUCGUUUUUUUUGUCGUUGAAGUCUGUACAUAAAAGGGUUUUUGUUCAACCUGAAGCAGAAUUUAGGAUUAUACUAAAUACGUUAAAAAUAUGUGGGUAUAAUAUGUGUUAACUGUGCAGUGAUAUCGUACUGUAACUCAAGAAAAUAAACAUAAAACGGUCA